GCUUCUACGGAUUCUGGGCUGCAGUGGGCCAGUCACCGUGCCACACCUCUCCACCUCGGAGACUGGCUCUUUCCACUCCUGUGUCUGGCUUCCCCUGCCUAGCUUGGGCCCCUGUGUGGCCCCCCCACACUGUCUGGGAUUGAGCCUCCUGAGCAGCAGCCAUGGCCACCUACAAAGUCAGGGUGGCCACAGGUACUGACCUCUUGUCGGGAACGACAGACUCCAUCUCGCUGACCAUGGUGGGGACCCAAGGAGAGAGCCACAAACAGCUGCUGAACCACUUUGGGAGAGACUUCGCAACUGGGGCGGUGGAUGAGUACACCAUCCAGUGCCAGCAGGACCUGGGCGAACUCAUGAUCAUCCGCCUGUACAAGGAGCGCUAUUCCUUCUUCCGCAAGAAAUCCUGGUACUGCAACUACGUGCAGAUCUGUGCGCCUUGCGGCCGCAUCUACCACUUCCCAGCCUACCAGUGGAUGGAUGGCUAUGAGACCCUGGCACUCCGGGAGGCCACAGCAAAAAAGAAAGCAGACGACACCCUCCCAAUCCUUCUGGAGCACCGACAGGAGGAGAUCAGAGCCAAGCAGGACUUCUACCACUGGAGGGUCUUCGUUCCUGGCCUGCCCAACUACGUGCACAUCCCCAGUUACUGCCCUCCUGUCCGGAGAAAUCCCAACCGGCCUGAGUGGAAUGGCUAUAUCCCGGGAUUCCCGAUUCUCAUCAACUUUAAGGCCACCAAGUUCCUGAACUCAAAUCUCCGCUACUCCUUCAUCAAGACGGCCUCCUUCUUUACGCGCCUGGGGCCCAUGGCACUGGGGUUCAAACUCCGCGGCCUGGUGGACUGCAAACAACCGUGGAAGAGGCUGAAGGACAUUAAGAAAAUUUUCCCUGCAAAUAAGACUGUUGUUUCCGAGUACGUAGCCGAGCACUGGGCAGAGGACACCUUCUUUGGGUACCAGUACCUCAAUGGCGUCAACCCAGGCCUUCUCCGCCGCUGCACGCGGAUCCCAGACAAGUUCCCCGUCACAGACGACAUGGUGGCCCCGUUCCUGGGCGAGGGAACGUGCCUGCAAGCGGAGCUGCAGAAGGGGAACAUUUUCCUGGCAGACUACCGCAUUUUGGAGGGCAUCCCCACCGUCGAGCUCAACGGCCGGAAGCAGCAUCACUGUGCACCCCUCUGCUUGCUGCACUUUGGCCCUGACGGGAACAUGAUGCCUAUUGCCAUCCAGCUCAGCCAGACCCCCGGGCCCAAUUGCCCCAUCUUCCUGCCCAAUGACUCUGAGUGGGACUGGCUCCUGGCCAAGACGUGGGUGCGCUAUGCCGAGUUUUACUGCCAUGAGGCCAUCUCCCACCUGCUGGAGACCCACCUCAUCGCUGAGGCCUUCUUCCUGGCCAUGCUGAGGCAGCUACCCAUGUGCCACCCUCUCUACAAGCUCCUCAUCCCCCACACCCGAUACACCGUCCAGAUCAACAGCAUCGGGCGGGCUGUCCUCCUCAAUGAGGGGGGACUCUCCGCCAGGGGCAUGUCCCUGGGCCUGGAGGGCUUUGCUGAGGUUAUGGUGCGGGGUCUCUCAGAGAUCACCUAUGACAACCUCUACAUCCCCAAUGACUUCGUGAAGCGUGGGGUUCAGGACCUGCCAGGAUAUUAUUACCGUGAUGACAGCUUGGCAGUGUGGGACGCACUAGAGAGGUAUGUGACAGAGAUCAUCACCUACUAUUACCCGUGUGAUGCAGCAGUGGAGGGUGACUCUGAAUUGCAAUCCUGGGUGCAGGAGAUAUUCAAGGAGUGCCUACUAGGGCGUGAGAGCUCAGGCUUCCCUACCUGCUUGCGAACAGUGCCUGAGUUGAUCCGGUAUGUCACUAUCGUCAUCUACAUCUGCUCUGCCAAGCACGCAGCUGUCAACACAGGGCAGCUGGAAUUCACCUCCUGGAUGCCCAACUUCCCAUCAUCCAUGAGGAACCCACCGAUGGAGACCAAGGGGCUGACCACUCUGGAGACCUUUAUGGACACGUUGCCGGAUGUGAAGACCACAUGCGUUACACUACUGGUGCUCUGGACACUCAGCCGGGAGCCCGACGACAAGAGGCCCCUGGGCUACUUCCCCGACAUCCACUUCGUGGAGGAGGCCCCACGGAGGAGCAUGGAGACCUUCCGCCAGCGCCUGGCCCAGAUCUCUCAUAAUAUCCGCCAGCGCAACAAGUGCCUCCCCAUCCCCUACUACUACCUGGACCCCGUGCUGAUAGAGAACAGCAUUUCCAUCUAGACGGCCCUUCCCGCCUGGCCUCGCCCCGCCCCGCCCUGCGCCUGCUUGUUUUCCAAGAAAACUACUUCAGACACAA